UACACCAUAACCCAUAACAACUAACAACUCGGGUCCCUUAGAUCCUGCUUGCGUUUUGUGAAUAACAGUUGAGUGUUUGAAUUUUACAGCUGAGUUUUACUGUGAAAAAUUGUGAGUGAAAUAUUUCUUGCAUAUUUCUGAUUUGGAGGAUGGCUUGUAAAGAUGCAGUAUUGAAAUUUCUAGAAGACCACAAUCGGCCGUUUUCAAACAACGACAUUCAAGGCAGCGUACCGGGCGGAUUCUGCAAAUCCGCUGUUCAGAAAGCAUUAGACAGUUUAAUUGACGAAAACAAGGUCAAGGAAAAAGUAUAUGGAAAGCAGAAGGUAUACUGCAUCCUUCAGAAUAAUGACUCUUCUGGUAACCAGUUGCGAGAAGAUUUGCUCGAAAUGGAUAGAAAAAUUAACGAAACCACCAUAGAAUUGAAAGAAAUUUCCGAUCAACUCAAGAUAAAGUCUCAGCUUGUGGCCCAAUUGAAAGGAAAAAUCAGUCUGGAAGAUGCCAUCGAUCAAAAAAUCAGACUUGACAAAGAACUUGAAGACGUCAAACAACAGUUGUCGAGAUUUUCUGAAGUAGAGUUGAUUUGCCCGAAGAAAAAGUUGGCGACGGAAAAUGAAUACGAAAAGUAUUUGAAAGUGUAUAAGCAACGGAAACGCAUGUGUCUUGAUAUGGUCGAUUCAAUCCUGGAAAAUUAUCCUAAGACGAAGAAACAUUUGUACGAGGAUAUAGGUUUGGAGACUGAUGAAGAUGCAGGUUUCUCUAUCAAUGAAUAGUAAUAGUUUAAAAUUGUACUUUUAUUUCAAUUCUAAUAAAUUAUCAUGUUGUUUUAGCAAAUUGA